GCGGUGCCGGAAGAGCCCCGGGGGGGUGGGGCGUGUGCCCGGGAGCAUGGGCGCCUUCCUCCUCCUCCUCCUCCUCGUCCUGCCGCGGCCCGGCGGUGCGGGGCGGGGGGUGCCGGUUCCCGGGGGGUCCCUGGGGGUCCCGGAGGUGCCCGGGCCCCGCCGCCCCCCCCGGCUCCCGGUGUGCGGGAGCUGCCCGGGGCCGGUGCGGAACGGGUCCCUCGUCUCCCGGCUGGACCUGAGCGACUGUUCCCUGCGCAGCCCCCCCCCGGGGUUCCCCGAGGCCGCCGCCGCCGUCGUCGUGGACCUGACAGAGAACCCCCUGGCACCGCUCCCCAACGGCACCUUCCUGGGCUUCACCCGCCUGCAGCGCCUCGCGGUGCCGCUGGUGCUGGAGUGCCCGGGGGGGAGCAGUGCCUGGGAGGAGGUGACGACGCACGGGAGCAACCGGCUGUGCCAAGGCCAGAGGAACUCCUGCAACGGCUCCGGGGAGCUGGCCUGGCUGUGCCCUGAGAAUGCCGUUUGUGCACCGGACGGACCCGGCCUUGUCCAGUGCCUGUGCGACAGCCCCUUCCAUGGCUACAAGUGCCUGCGGCAGGGCACCUUCCCCGUUCUGCUCUUCUGCGGGAUCCUGGGCGGCGUCACCCUGUCCCUGUCCCUCCUGCUGUGGGGCACGCAGCGACGGAAAGCCAAGACCCCCUGAGCGGGGAGGGGGGGCGCAUCGGCGCUGCUGGGGGCAGGAGGAGGAUUGGGGGGGGCUCCGGGUGCUGGGGGGGUUCGUGCGCUGGGGUCUGGCUGGGCACGGCGCAGGAUGAGGAGGAAUAAAGCCCGCAGCGCCCUU